AUAAAUUAUCAAACUAUCGAACACUAACAAGCAUGGCACACUUUGAAACUCUUGCUACCACUAUGUCUCUCAAAGCUAUAUUGUCUAUGGCAUUGAUAUUCCUUACAUUCACUUCCACAACUUCAAGCCGAAUCCUUAGUGAACUAGAAACACCAGAAGAACCAAUUUCUGGUUCUGCAGAGUCCCCCGUUUCUUCCAUUCUUCCUCCACUUCCAGCCACAGCCACAGCCACAGCCACAGCCACAGCCACAGCCACAGCCACAGCCACAGCCACAACAACUGGUACUGAUAUUCCCGAUCAGCACCACACACUAUCAUUUUUCCUGCACGACAUUCUUGGUGGCUCCAAUCCAACAGCAAGGGCAGUGACUGGAGUUGUUACAAACCCUGCCCUUAAUGCUCAAGUUGCGUUUGCAAAACCAAAUGGUGCAAACCUUCCUCUAAACAGUGGAGUUCCACAGAACAAUAACAACAAUGGAAUUAUAAACAACAACAACCUUCCUUUCCUGACAGGACUCGGUGGAAACACAGGCAACGUCUUCAAUAACAAUAACAAUAAUAAUGGGAACAAUAAUUUUCCAGUGACGAAUAUGAAUCAGAUACCGCAGGGAAUGACGGUGCAGGAGCUGAUGUUUGGUACGAUGACAGUGUUUGAUGAUGAAUUAACAGAAGGUGAAGAGUUGGGAUCAGGAUUAGUAGGGAAAGCACAAGGGUUUUAUAUAGCAAGCUCAGUGGAAGGAACAAGUCAAGUAAUGGCUUUCACUGCAAAGUUUGAAGAGAAUGGUUAUGAAGAUAGUCUUAGCUUCUUUGGGGUACACAGAACAACACAAGUUUCACAAUCACAACUUGCAAUUAUUGGAGGAACAGGAAAGUAUGUGAAUGCUAAUGGAUUUGCUAUUAUUAAGACUUUUCCGGUUAACAACGGCCAACAACAUAGCACUGAUGGACUCGAAACUCUCUUGCACCUUACUGCCUAUCUUUCCUAUUAAAAUGUCUUUAAAAUUAUAUGUAUUAUCGUGAAUGAACUUCCUGUUUUCAGCUUACGAAACUUUUGAAAAAUAUUUGUGUUUUGUGUAAUGAAUAUCAAUUAGUUAUUGCAUUGUACUUUUAAAAGAAAAGAAAUAUGUUAUGCCUGAAUUUGACUUUA